AUGUUUGUUUCUGGAUCCUCCGCCUCAGUUGAGUCGGUUCUCUUCCGCUCAGUGCUUCAUCUCGGAGGCUCCUUUGUCAUUCUUCGUCUUGGUGCAAUGGCAGAAACAGAAGACCUACCGGAAGAGAUUAUAGUGAAUAUCUUUACUUGGUUGCCCGUCAAGUCCUUAAUCCGAUUCACCUCCGUUUCGAAACGCCUGCAUUCCAUUAUAUUGUCCGAUCCCAAAUUCGCCCAAUCCCAAUUGAAAGCAGCUCGUCAGCAGAAAACCCUCAACCGCAGACUCCUCGUCUCCACCGAGGUCCCUCAACUCGAAUCUCUACAGUUGGAUGAUACGCCGUCGUUUGGAGAGCCUUCCUCCGUUAGAAAGCUCAGCUUCCCUUUCCAGCCACAACCGGGCGGUUAUGUCAAGCUGCUGGGCUCCUGCAAUGGUCUGGUAUUUGUAGCUGUUGAUAAUAAAUUAUUUUUUAUCUGGAACCCAUCCAUUGGGUUCUCGAAGCAAUUACCUGAUCCAGGUUUUCCCUUAGAUGAUAAUGUGCUACCCUAUUAUGGUGUUGCCUAUUUAUCCGCCACCGAUGACUACAAAGUUUUGGUAGCCUCCUAUUGCAUUCCUGAAGAGGAGUUAGAGGUCGAGAUGUUCUCCUUGAGAAUUCACAUUUGGCAGAGGAUUGAAUCCCCUUGCCGCUCCGACUUUCGACUCUUUCGUGGUCAGGGGACUCUCUUGAAUGAUGCAUUUCAUUGGGUAAACUACCCCGACAACAACGAGGAAGAGGAGCAUGAAAUAGUUUCUUUUGACUUGAAAGAGGAGGUGUUCCGGAGAAUGCCACUGCCUAAUUUCGACCAUGAUGGUAAGACUUCCACCAGUCUUGGGGUUUGUGGAGGGUGCCUGUGUGUACCGCGUUAUCCGGAUGGUGCUUUUGACUUUAUUGAUUUCUGGGUCAUGAGACAAUAUGGCUUCAGUGGCUCAUGGAUUAUGCUUUUUAGCUUAAAGUUCUCUGAUCCGCCUGAGUUGCCCUUGUAUUCCAGAGAAUUCUUGGUUGUGGAAAGUUGUACAGUUGCCGCGAAUUGGACUGGCGAGGGGUUCGAGUUGAUAAAGAUUGAUCAUAAAGAAGACGAGAAGCUUGGGCGGUAUAUCGUUAAGGGGCUUUGCAUGUGUAUGGUUGAAUAUGAAGAGAGUCUACUUUGGAUUAGUGGUUAUCAUCCAGUAGAAGAGAAGGAGCAGGUCAAGAUACUCGAAACCCAUCAGAAGGCAUCAGGAAGCUGAAAUGGAAGGAAUCUUUGCUCUUUGUAUUCAAAUGAUAGAUGGUUUCUUGGCUAUGGAAGGUAGUACAAUUGCCAAGAAAUGGAUUGACGACGAGACCUGGUUGGUAAAGAUUGAUCAUAAAGCAGAACCGGAACUUGGCAUGUAUAUGAAUAUGACUCAAACUCACUUAGCAUGAUUCCAUAUGAAGAGAGUCUACUUAUUAGGAUUACUGAUUAGUCCUGAUUUGCUCUGCGUGCUGGCUAAUUACUCCUAAGUUUGACUAUCCUUUCAUGCAUUUGAAAAUUAUUUGUUUAAUUGUUCAUCUACUUCUUAGUUACAUCCUGUUACUGAUUGAUCAAACUUUUUGAUUCCUUUGGAACUCAAACACCGUUAUUUAUGUG